GACAAAUGCAAUACAAUUUUGACAAAAUUUAAAACAUCAAAUUUGUAAUCCCUUUGCUUUCGAAUCCAACUUGGAUUAGACAAAUUUGAUAUGGGAUAAUAGAUUUAUGUGCCACAAAAAUAAUAAAUCAACUUUAAACUUGCUUUUGACCCCUCUUAAUAUUAAAUGUUUUCUAACCUAACUUAGAUUUAUCCAAAAUAGUUAUUUUAUAUGUUCUAAAAACAUAAAAUAAAUAGGGCUUGUUUGUUUGUACCGGAAUUGAAAGCACUUCUCGCACAACUGAAAGCUAGCUUCUUCUCUACCACUUGAUUUCGCAGCUGAUUUCUCGUCAACAAAAUCUAUGAGGAUGAGGAGUUCUGGAGUAGCUUUUGUUUGUAGAGUAAUUACUUCUAAAUCUUCUCAUCAAUACUCAUACCCUACUUUUACUUCUUCUUUCUCUCUCCUCUGUUUCGAUUUUCACAAAAAUAGGCCCUUUUCAACUUUGCCCAGAAAAGAUUAUGAAUUAGAUGAUACUGUUUUCUUGAUUCGUAAAAUGAUGAGAAUGCGGCCACACCCUUAUGCCUCUGAAUUUAACAAACUAUUGCAAGUUAUUGCCAAGAAGAAACAAUACCCAGUUGCCCUUUAUGUGUUCGACGAAAUGCGUCAAUGGGGUGCCUCUGUGAAUGAGUACACGAUGAACAUCUUGGUUAACUGUUGUUCCCUUUCGAAACGUGUAGACAUCGGUUUUGCUGUCUUCGGCAUCUUCUUUAAACACGGUUACGCGGCAGAUAUUGUGACAUUCAACACUCUUCUAAAAGGGCUCUUUUUAGAUGGUAAGGUGGCCGAGGCGGAGAAAUUGUUCAAGAAGAUUUUGAGUUUGAGACUCUGUGAGCCAGACGAUGUUACAAUUGGUACUGUGAUUGACGGACUCUGCAAAAAUGGACGUGUUCAUACUGCCCACGAUUUGCUUUGCUUAUUGGAAAAGACUAUCUAUAAACCCGAUGUUCUGGCUUAUAACGCGGUAAUAAAUGGCUUAUGCAAGACCGGAAUGGUGGAUAAUGCACUCGAGCUGAAGUCUAGAAUGAUUGAAAAGGGCAUUUCACCUGACCUUGUCACAUAUAACUCGAUGAUUCAGGGCUUGUGCGAUUUUGGUAGAUGGAAAGAGGUCAAAGACUUACUAAAUGAAAUGGUGAAUCACAAGAUUUCGUUAGAUGUUGUUACUUUCAAUGUAUUAGUGGACUCGUUUUGCAAGGAAGGAAGUGUUAAGGAAGCUGAAGAUAUUUUGGAAGUUAUGAAGCAACAAAACAUUCGUCCCGAUAUUGUCACCUACACUGCACUGAUAGAUGGGUACUGUUUGCAAGGGAAAAUGGAUAAAGCGAAAGAAGUUUUUUAUUCCAUAACGGGUAACGGCCUUAAGCCAUGCAUUGUCACCUAUAACUCUUUAAUCAACGGGUAUUGCAAGAACGGUAAAGUGGAUGAAGCUUGGCGUCUUUUUCUCGAAGCUUCUUCUAAAGGCUUAGAACACACGGCAGUUACUUAUAACAGCAUGAUACAUGGAUUACUUGGUGAAGAAAGAAUUGCUGAUGCAUGGAAACUUUUCAAUGAUAUGGAAACUCGACAAGUACAUCCUGAUUUAUGUACUUGCAAUAUUUUGUUGGAAGGCUUGUGCAAGACUCAUCAAAUUGCCGAAGCAUUUUCGUUUCUACGGGUGAUGGAAAAUAAAGGUUUAAAUCCUAAUAUAAUCACAUACGGUAUCCUGAUUAAUGGUUUGUGCAAAGAUGGGGAAAUUGAAGAUGCAAAAAAACUUUUAAACGAACUUCCUUCCAAAGGAUUGCAACCUGAUAUUAAAUUAUAUACCGUUAUUCUCGGUUCACUUUCCCGAGAAGGGUGUGUAGACGAGGCAAAAGAUAUGCUUGUGAAAAUGGAGAGGAGUGGGUGUGCACCGGAUAGCAUGACAUACAACAUCAUUAUCCAUUGCUUGCUGAAGAAGAAAGAGGAUGACAAGGCAAUGCCAUUCUUAGAGGAAAUGCACGAGCGGGGAUUCUCAGCGGAUGCAGCUACUUCUUCCUUGUUAAUUAGUCGCCUGCAAGGAUCAAACAAAUAUGAUGUUCUUCUCGAAUUGAUUAAGAAAGUUGUACCGAAAAUAUAAAAUAACUAUUUUGGAUUAUGAGAUCAGGUGUCGGUAUUCCAUAAAUAUAUUGUAUAAUUCAUGAAUUAAUUUUUCUGAAUUUUUUUUCCGGCCGGUAAA